GCUCCACUGGCGCGCCAGCUUAAUUAACAGACGCGUCUCCAAUUGAAUGGCAUGUCGCGUCAUCGACCCAAGCACCAUCUCACCUUCCGCACAAGUACAUUCCCGCAGCUUUCCAAAAAUUCCAGAUCGGCACAGCGAGGAGGCUACAAUGAAUUCAAGAACUGUCCCCGAAUACGAUGACCUGGACGACUACAAUGUCGACGACAUCGAUGACCCAUUCCGAUCUCCACCACCCGAGGCUAAAAACAGCAGCACAAACAAGAGGAAGAAGGCAGAAGCAUUGGGACUUGACGAAGAGGUCGAGGUAGUAAAGCGAGCAAGAGUACCGCGAGUGAAGUUGGAUGAAGCUCGGUUGUUGUCAGAGAAUGGAAUCCCCAAGCUUCGGAAACGCGCCGCAAAGCUUGAGUUCAAGGGCAAGGGGAAUGAGUUCUCCGAUGCUGCUCGUCUUCUGACCUUUUACCAGCUCUGGCUAGACGACCUCUUUCCGAAAGCUAAGUUCCUCGAUGCUCUGGCCAUGGUCGAAAAAGCCGGCCACAAGAAGCAGAUUACACUCAAGCGGAUGGACUGGAUUAACGAGGGCAAACCUAAAUCCUGGAAAGUAGAUGAGGACAUUAUGAAAGGACAUGCCCAGACAAUGGCUCAGCAGAAUGACAAUAUACCUUUGGCGCCCGCCCAAUCAACAAGUACUGAGCAACAACAACUACCACUACCACGACCAAGAACACCGGAAGGGGGGGACGUACCAGAAGAAGAUGACUUGUAUGAUGCCACCCCAAGGCAACAGGUUAAGGAGCGAUUCAGGCCGCCCCACGAAGAAUCGGAUGGCGAGGAUCUCGACGCGCUGAUGGCCGAGGCAAAUAUUGCAACCGAGACACAAGACGCCGCCGUAAACCCUGGCGAGGUAGAAGAGUUCGCGGAUGAAGAAGCCGCCAUGGCUGAGAUGGAUGGGUUGUGGUAAUGGUUAGUAAAAAAAUGGCAAGAGGGUUAGGUGACAUCGGCGUUGAACGAGGCACAAAUCGGUUGGGAGUGCAGGCAUGCGUGCAUCGAAUGACUGUGCGAGUUUAGAGAGAAGCAACUAACUGGCUGCUGUACGGCGGGACUUUACUGCAAAAUCUCGCGACCAGGUCUGGGCAGCGUUUGAAGAAAUUCAUGGAUACAAAACGCCGCCGGAUUACUUGAGAGCAUCUUUUCCGGCUUCUAAGAUCACAGCAACUCGUCUGACCAGGCAGGGGUUGUACUAAUUAUGGAAACUGCUUCGCAUCACCAGAACAUGUCCC